ACAUCCUUCCCCUCUGCUGAGUUCUGCUCGGCUUGACAGCCUGGGCUCACUGUUCUCCGUUCUCCCUUCCACCAGGUCUUCAUGCUGCUGUGUGAGUUGUGCCCUCUGGGGUGUGGCAUCCUUCUCCCCAGACAGACCCCCUGGGAACUGGGCAGCCUUGCGUACCUGGCCUUUGCCCUCUAGGAACUCAUGAUAGAGUGGGCAGUUGACACAGACAACCACAGCGCAGAGUUCAGCCCAGUUCUCUUUUGCAAGAAUAACCAUGAAAGAGGGCAUGGGUAUGUGAGCCACCAAUCCACCCCCUCUGUCCCCUUGGGGAAGGAUUCAAUAUGUGGAAAUGAGAAGCCAAACCUGCCGCCAGCCCCCUCCUCACUCCUACUCCUGGGGCAAAACAGGAACUGCAAACCCCAGCUUCCGCUCACAGAGUGGCUGUGGCUGGGGGACUCGGAAAUGGCUUAAGUGUGGCUACAAGACCUGAGUCAGCCGAGGGACAGGCUGGCCACCUGUCUGCUCCCCGCCCCUGCCCAGUCCUGAGGUCUCCUGCUCUGCUCUUCCCUUGCCUGCCCCCAACCCCCUUCCCCGGCUCUUCAGUGCCCACUGCACCCCUGAGCCUCCUGGGACAUGCACAGCCAUUCACUCCCAGACCUGGGUAGCGUAGGCUGCAGUGGGUGUGGGGGAAGGUGGGCAGGGCCCAGGGUGGGGAUGUGUCAGGGAGAAAGACAGAGGAAGAGGAAGUGUCCUGGGUCCUGGGCUGUGUUGGUGGGUGGGGCCGGUCAUUAUCAGCUUUCUGGACACCGAGAGGAGACAGCAUGGAUUUGCUCCGGCUCUACCUCCCUGGGCUGCACCAAGCCUUGAGGGGGGCACUGGAGUCCCUCAGCACCUUCGUCUCCUACCUCAUGGGAGAUGAGGUCCCCACCGUAGAGAGGGGGGCGCGAACAGCCGAGGGGCUGGGGGAGGGGGUAGAGGAGGAAGCCCAGGAAGCGCUGGAGGGCCUUGAGGGUGACCUAGGAGAAGCAACCCGAGGCCCGGAUGGGCAUGAAGAGGCUAGCACAUGCCAGGAGGGGAACUCUGCUGAGGCUGAAACCAGGGGGUGGGACGAAGGCGGCUCCCAGGGCUCCCAGACAGACAAGCAGACCAUGGGAGCCUGGGAGGCGGUACAGGUUGCCAGAUGCCAGGAGCUGAGUGCCCCCUCAGGGGAUGUGCCAUCUGGGACAGGGCAGGGGGCUCACUGGGACAGCAGCAGCCAAGCCCAGCAGAGGCAGGAGCCUGGUGAACAGGAAGUGGACAGAGAGGACACACUGAGGACCUGGGACCAGGAGGAGGGCGAAGGGAAAAAAAUCAGGACGGGAGAGGCAGGGAUGGCCAGAGGGGUGGAGCCGGAGUGGACCUGGCACGGAACGCCUGAGGGGCAGGUUGGUGCCAGUGGCAGCGGGCAGGAGGGGACAGGAGGUGGUGGCCAGACAGGACAGGAGGUCAAGGAGGCGGUUGCUGAGGAAACAGAAGAGCCUGUUGCCAAUAAGGCUGGGAGGGAAGAAAAGGGGGUGGUAGUGGGGCGUGGCAGUGGAGAUACAGGGUCACAGGGUUCAGGGGCAGAGCCUGGGCACUGGGAGGCCUUGGGCAGGGAGCCGGGCGGGACAGUCUCUGGCUGGGAGGAGGCCUGUACAACCUCAGCCAAGGAGGUGAAGGAGGAGAGAAAGGAGGAGGCCUGGCCAGCCCCCAGUAGGGAGCAAGCUGAGCAGCCCAGAGAUAGGGAGCCAGAGAACGGGUCAGUCCUGGGAGAAGGGACCCCAGAAGUACCUGGGAGCAGCUGGGUCUUGGAGGAAGAGGAGGAGGAGAGCAGGGAAGAGCAGGAGGAGAAGGUGAGGAAGGAGGAGGCCUGGCCAGCCCCCAGCAGGGAGCAAGCUGAGCAGCCCAGAGACAGGGAGCCAGAGAACGGGUCAGUCCUGGGAGAAGGGGCACCAGAGGCACCUGGGAGCAGCUGGGUCUUGGAGGAAGAGGAGGAGUGGGAGAAGAGAGCAGCUGCCCUGAGCCUUUUCCCCAAGCUGACCCAGGCCCUGGAGGCUGAGAGCCUCAUGGCAGGUGCACAGGCUGCCAAGGAGGAGGCAGCAGGUCAGGGUUCUGCAUACCACGCAGGGCAGCCUGAGAAUGAGAGUGCGCUGGAGAGGCAGGAUGUGGAGAUGAGCGCUGGUGGGGUUGGGGUGCAGGAGGCAGCUGAGACGGAGGAGGCUCAGCGGGAAGGCAAUGCUGCACCAGAGCCCAGGCCCUGGGAGGUGCUGGUGAGGGAGAGGAGCGAGGAGGCGCACUGUGUGAGUCCAGCAGUGUUAGGGGAGGAGGACCAGGACCCCACGCUGACUGGAGGGGCUCAGACCCCAGCAUCACCCCUGGAGGAAGAAAAGGAAGAACUGGGUGCUCAGGAGGAGCCUCGGAGAACCACAGCUCCAAGCACAGAGGGGACAGAAGGGGACCUGGACGAAUGUUCCAGGCCUGAGGUCCAGGAAGCAGAUGCCUGGGAAAACCAGAGAAGGGACCCCUGGGAGGCAGAGGGAGGAGAUGCAGACGGGCAGGAGUCAGCUGCAUCAGCCCAGACGCUGGAAUGGGAGGCCAACAGUUCAGAAGGCAGGGAGUGGAAAACACUAGAGGUCCCUGGUGCAGAUGGAGAUUGGGAGAGAGCAAAAACAGCUGGGUGUGGAGCAGGGCAGGGAGAGGCCCAUAGGGUGGAGGACCAAGAGGUGGCAGGAAGCCCUGAGGCAGAAGCAGGGAUGGGCUGGUCACUGGGAGAGGCCAGAGAGGCCCUGGAGGGGGAGCAUGCAAGGCUGCAGGAGGAGGCAGAGGGAGCCUCCAGGCCUGGCUGCAGGCCACAGGAGGAGGUGGCUCAGAGCCUGCAAGAGGGCCUGGAGGCAUGGCGGACCAAGGAUGAAGCUGGUGGGCCAGGGAGAGGGACUGGGGUGGCUUGGCAGGGCAAAGGGGAGGCUGUGGAAGCUGAGGCCCCAGGCCGGCUGGAUUGGGGCCUGCAGGGCUCAGCAGAGGAAGAGGUAACCAGUCAAGAGGAACACACGGAGGCUUUGGGAGCCAGGACAGAUGAACAAGCCGAGGCGGGGACAUUGGCUGAAGCCACAGUUGGGCUGGGUAGCCAUGGCUUGGGCUCCCAGGCAGCCAGGGCAGAGGGGACCAGGGAGACCCUCGGGGACGAGUGGAGGCUUCUGGAACCAGAGGCAGGGGAAAGGCAAGACAAGGAGGGACUGUGCAGAGUGAACCACCCGGAUAGCGAGGCCCCCGGAGUCCAGGCGACCGGCGAGCAGAGGGCAGAGGCCCAACACACGGACACAAGCAGCGUGGUGGCCAUCCAGGCACAGGCAGGGCAACCACCAGCUCCAGCCCCAGCAGAGCCCUCGGGAGCCCAGAGCAGCUGGAGUGAGGCGCUGCUUCCCGUGGAGCACUUGGACGUUUCCGUCCCCCGGAGUCGUGCGCUCCUGGCCCGGAGCUCGUCCCAGCGACGCUCCCGGCCCUCCUUCCGAAGGCCCCGUGACACCCAGGAGCAGGAGGGGCGGUCCAGUCCACAGCAGCCCAAGGAAGAGGAGCAAGAGGAGGAGGAGCAAGGAAUGUCAGCCCUUGCAGAGGAGAGGGGUCUCCAGUCUGAGGAACCCCCGGAACCAAGCCCCCCGGGGCCAGUUGGGACCCCGGUGCCUGCCAGGAGGACCCCGGGACAAGGGUUUGGCCUCGCACACCCAGGCAUGAUGCAGGAACUGCAAGCUCGCCUGGGCCGGCCGAAGCCCCAGUGACUGCCAGCUGACACAGGAGGCG